AUGACAGUACAGAAACUAAACUCGAGUAUUUCUGACGACUCAGAUGAUAUGGUUAGUUUACCAUCCGAUGAAGAGAUUUAUAGGAGAAAAUAUCAAUUGUUGCUUGAACGAUGUGAAGUGUUGCAACAGGAUAAUGAACGAAUAGUCAAUAGACUUCAUGAAGUUAAGAAAAUAUCAAAGCGACACAAAAAGGAUAUAAAGUUGCUAGUAGAACGUUUAGAUAAACAUGGCGAUUCAUUUAGAACAGCAGUUGUGGAAAGUGAUAUUAAACCCACACAUAUUCAUUCUACUGUUAAAACUAGCAAACCCCAAUCACAAGGUGCGCGACAAAUAGAAAAACCAAGUGGUUUGGGUGGUAAAAAACCAGCACCUAAGAGAAAAAGUAAAGGAGAUAAGCCAGAAAGAGAUCCUAAUGCUCCAAAAAAACCCUGCAAUGCCUUUUUUCAAUUUUGUCAAGAGCAGAGACCGGUAGUUUUAGCCGAAACUACAAAUGAAAUGGGCUCAGAACCUUCAAAACAAGAAGUAACAAGGCAAUUGGCUUCACGAUGGAGAGCAUUGACAAAUGAUGAGAAACGAAUAUAUGUUGCAAUGUUUGAAAGAUCCAAAGAAAAAUAUGCAGAGGAAAUGUCAGCAUACAUAAAAAAGGAGCAAUGA